UGUAAAACGUUGUUUUGGUUUGGCAAGCGGCAGAUCUGGUCACGAAACCCUCUCGCAGCAGCCACAAACGCGCGGUAAAAUGUAUUCCCUUAGCUCGCAGAAAAAGUUCUGGACUUUCAAAACCGAGCAGGAGCUGGCCGAGCUGCGUGUGAAACAAAACGUUCGCUUUAUUGCCAAGCAUGGGGCCAGCAUGACGGAAGAACAGAGGCAGGCGCACUUCCUGUCUGCGGAUGAGGAGCGAUUAUUGCUGAAACAGUAUGAGUUACAGUUGAAAGAGUUCUGCAAACGGUUCGAGCCACCGAUGCCCAAAUACGUCGUGGGGACAGCAUUCCACUACUUUAAGCGGUUUUAUCUGAACAACUCGUCAAUGGACUAUCAUCCGAAGGAAAUUUUGGCAACAUGCGUUUAUUUGGCCUGCAAGGUAGAAGAGUUCAACGUUUCCAUCGCACAGUUUGUGGCCAACAUUAAAGGCGAUCGGGUCAAGGCCAUGGACAUUAUUCUGUCGAACGAGCUGUUGCUGAUGCAGGAGCUUAACUACUACCUCACGAUACACAAUCCGAUGAGACCUAUAGAAGGAUUUCUAAUCGAUAUUAAGACCCGAUGUAACAUGAGCAAUCCCGAUCGUUUGCGGCCCGGGAUAGAAGAUUUCAUCGACAAAACGUUUCUCACCGAUGCGCCCCUGAUGUACGCACCGUCACAGAUAGCUUUGGCAGCCGUUCUGCACGCCGCCAGCAAAGAGCAGGAGAAUCUAGACAGCUACGUUACGGAAUCGUUGUUUGGGUCGGCCAAGGACAAGCUGCCGGUGUUGAUUGAAGCCGUCCGGAGGGUUCGCUCGAUGGUGCGCACGAUCGAACUGCCGCCGAAGGACCGGGUACGGUUUCUGGAGAAGAAGCUGGAAAAAUGUCGCAACCAGGAGAACAACCCCGACAGUCAGAUCUACAAACAACGCAUGAAGAAAAUGUACGAAGACGAAGACGAUCUGGACGUUAUGGGGUCAUCGUACCAUAUGAACGUUUCGGAUGCAAGCCUGGACGUUUCGCAGCUAAACACCACCAAUCCGGCAAACAUGACCGUCGAUUAGACUGCUGACGGUCGAGUCUAAACCGUAAGCAAACAUUGCAUAUACAUGAACGUUUAGUGAAUCUGUGUUCUUUGUCGCCAGUGGUGAUUUCUGGUCUGAUUUUCUGAAACCUAUUCCAUGAUUAAAAAUCGCUGCUCUUAUAGAAAUAAUUUAAUUUUCGGAUGUUUACAAUGUUAAAGUCCAAAGCAGACACCAACAUUCAAUAUUUAAGGAUUCUUUAUUACAAUCGAAAUUCCACCUCUAUGGUCGAACUGGAAGCCUGGGAUGUACUGUCUCCUUUGUAUGCCUGUGCAGCCAUCGCGUCUUCACCCUUUGGUAUGAUCAGUCCGGAUGGGAUGGCAUCAAGUAUCAGGAAAUGCUGCUAGAAAUAGAGUUAGUGCCGUUCACGAAAUAAUAAGGAGUGAACAAAAAUAAAACAAUUCACCACCAGCAAUGGCAUCAACUUGGGUAAAUGGGAGAUGCGUCGAACGUAACAUCACCGAAAGUAACCAUAUUAAGGAAUAAGGCAACUCAAAGUAAAUGCCUUGUUUCUGUCUUCUUGUUUGCAGUUUGCUAGAGGAAGGUUUGAGCACAGAAGAGCGUGAAAUAAAUGCUGGCAAUCACUUUCAAUCAUCAAAAGAAGUAGAUUGUUUGGUAGCGCGAAAAUGAUAGCAUUCUGGUGUCGGCAGUAGAAGUAUGAUCGAAAAAAACGGCAAAGCUUAUUAAAAAAGUAGAAAGUUUCGUUUGCACAGCGUAGUCGAAGGAAUUGAAAUUGCUGCAAGGUAAAAGAGCCUUUAAGUUUUAAGCAAACAGUUGAAAAUUUUCCGUUUCGUUGUAAUUGCAUUCAUUUCGCUCAGCACGCAAAAAACACACCCACCGCGCUUACGAUUUGUGUGUGGUUAAAGUGUAACAGUCGUUGUGGUUUGUCUCGUUUUAAAAUUUGCUGAAAUAUUGAUGCUUUCAGUAAUUGAAAUUAAACAAAAAAGGAAGGAAAGUUGCUUCCGCACGCAACACAAAACACAUUACAGUUUAGGGUAUGCAGUGUUGUGCAAUUGUAAGGAUCGGUCUGUCUGUAUGCGAUUUGUGAGAAGAAGAAAAGAGUUGAGUUUUGUCAUAAAGCAUUCUCGAAGAGAUAUUUAGAAAAGUGAUGUUUUGUUUUGCUGACUGAGAAGAUGUGAUGAACAAGACAGCGAAAAGUGUAGUUGUUUGUGGUGGUAGAUCUGAUUAAAGUUAUAAGAAUUGGAUCGAUAAAUUGCCUCAUUUGAAAAAUUACAACCGAAGCGAUGCCAUUAAGCAGCUUUCUUUCCUCACUCGAAGGUAUUUAAUUUAUGUUAUUUUAAGCCGGUUCAUUGUAUGUUUUUACCUUUCAAACAUUGUUUGAGCAGCACAACUUUUUAAGAAGUUUUGUUUGUGAAGUGAUAGUUAAGUCGAAAGAACAAAAUUACCUCAACCAAUUAAUGCUAACUGCUGCCGUCUUGCACAAAGCUAGUUUGUGUAGCAUGAUUGUGUGUUUUGUUUGUACGUGUUUCGAUCGGACACAAAACGGUAACAGAAAAGACACCGAAACAAUCGGACAACGACGAGGGGGGGGGAUUAAACGAUGCGUACUGAAGGAAAGGAAAUUGCCAUCAAUGUGUUUGCUAACUGAGGACACACGACAUCGACACCGACAUACUUCUAUAAAACUGUAGGACAGAUAAUAUAUACGGUUUCGUUACACAGAACAGAACAAACAGAAGAAGAAGACGAUAAAAAUAUAGUUGAUAAACAAACAGUCAAGCACAAAAAUUGGAUUCAAAAUUUUCAUUAUUUGCCUUCAAGUGUAUAUAUGUGUCUGUGUGUUCGGUGUGUGUGGUGUGUAUAGUUGUGGUGUGUGUUUUCAGCUAAUUUCAAAAGAUCGCAGACAUUGGCAUUGGUAGAGAGUGCAGGAGAGAAAGAGAAAAGAAAGUGAGACACAGCAGGGAAGUAACCAGAAGAAUUGUAAGAUUGAAAAGCGCAAGAGAAAGUUCCGCUAGAGAAAGUGAAGUAAACAAGGUAGGGUAGGGUGGGUUACCUUGUCGUUAACUUUACGCAAGCCGUUCACAAGAAAGAAAACAAUAAAUAAAG